AUGGACCGCUUCCAGGACGGGCACCACGUGCGGCUGCGGAGCCGCGUGCAGCGCACCUACCUCCACGCCGCCGACGACGGGGAGAGCGUCACCCUCAGCCAGCUCCGCGCCUCCAUGAACGCGGCGUGGGUGGUGCACAUCUACAACGGAGGAGACGGCGAUGGCUCCGGCGAAAUAUCCGACGGAGACGGCCCGUACCUGCUCCUCCACAGCGCCGCCUACGGCCGCUACCUCGCCGCCACGGACAGGCCGGCGCGGCACGGCCACAACGGCCUCUGCACGGAGCUGCGCGACUACGAUCAGCCGGAGGUGGAGGCCAUCAAGUGGCGGGCCGUCGAGUCGGGCUUCGCGGACGACGUCGUCCUGCUCCGCCACGGCGACGGCCACUACCUCCGCGCCAACGGCAAGUACCUCCCCUGGAACUCCACCGGCGUCACCGUCGACGACAACGCCAGCUCCAUGAUGUACUGGAUCAUCGAGCCCAUCCCCUUGAGAGAGGCGGGCAUGCCUGCCAUUCCUGGCCCGCUUCCGGCUCACCCAAGAUUCUCCGGCAUAUUCACUUCUCCCGGACGGCGCAUCCGGUUCGUGCGGGCGCUCGAGGACGGGUACUACCCCGAGGAGGUCAACACCUGGCGCCAGUUCUGGUUCAGGGGGAGGUCCGCGUUCAGCCUGAGAGGCAACCUGGCGGACCUCGUCGUCGUGGACGGCCCGAACAUCGCCAUGUGCGUCCGAGCGGGCCGCUACGGGAGGCUGACCCCGCUCGUCGUCGACCUGCCCGACGGUGGCUAUGGCGGGACCCUCGAGAUCGUCGUCUUCCUGACCGGGACCCUUGGUUCCAACAGUGGAAACUUAAAUCUUGUUUCUGCACAUGAUUUGUAUUCAGAUUUUCAUAACUCGCUCAUAAUUUCUGCUAAUUCAGGCUACGAUGCGCUGCGAUACCCGGAUGUCGAUGCACAGUAG